ACUAUUUUAUUUACCACUGAUGAUGGUAUAUUAGAAGCCAUAUCUCACCACGACAAGACGUUCGGUGAGUAUCUAAUCAACCCAGCUGUAGCUGCCAGAGAAGACAUUACAGAACGACCUCAGACUGGCAAUAAGGACAGUGGAGUUGAGCGCCCUUUUACCACAGCUAAUCCUUUUGCCCAGUCUCAGUUUCGGAGACGAUCCCUUACAGUAGAUAGUAUGGAUGUAUUGGACUCGGGAAAAAGCAAAAAGUUUAUUGGACAGUGCUUGAUUUUGACCUUCACAGCCACAUGGGGAGACUCCCAAACUAUUGGGCUUACUGGCUUGGAAGUGCUAGAUUCUAGUGGAGAACCUGUGGUGUUGUACCCACACAUGUUGUCAUGUUCUCCAGUAGACUGUCGCAAUCAUCUAAUAAGAGUAAUUGAUGGAGAAAACUUAACAGUGUCUGAAGAACAUAUGUGGUGUAUAGAAUUCGUAGAUCACUGCCCUCCUACUAUAACUGUUUCUUUUGGUCAACCUUUGAGUAUUAGUGGUCUUCGAGUGUGGAAUUAUAAUGCAUCUUUAGAGGAUUCUUACAGAGGUGUAAAACACCUAUCUGUAACUUUAGACAGCAAGCGUCUAUCCCCUACAGAUGGGUUUUUAGUAAGGAAAGGACCAGGGCAUUGUUACUUUGAAUAUUCCCAAGAAAUCAGUUUUGAAGGUCCACCAUCUCUCUAUAACAGCGAUUCUCUCUUAACUUCUUUACCCAGGAGAAGUUCAGAUGACCUUCUUACUGAUUAUGAGGCUCCUGUAAUGCCUCAGGGAUUUGUGUUUGAACUUCACUUGCUGUCCACUUGGGGUGACCUCUAUUAUAUUGGUCUCAAUGGAUUGGAGGUGUAUGAUGUUGCAGGCAGGAAGAUUCCUUUGACAGAUAAUAACAUCGCAGCCCAUCCUGAUAGUGUCAAUGUAUUAGAAAACAUAUUUGGUGAUGUGAGAACUCCGGACAAGCUAAUUGAUGGUAUGAACAAUACGUCAGAUGGAUGUCACAUGUGGCUUGCUCCUUUGUUACCAGAUAUUGUGAAUCGUAUAUACAUUAUCUUUGAUCACCCUGUUAUAGUGUCCAUGAUUAAACUGUGGAAUUAUUCAAAAACUCCUAACAGAGGAGUGAGAGAAUUUGGGCUUUUAGUGGAUGACCUUCUGGUGUAUAAUGGAGUCCUGGCCCAAGUUCGACAAGGAGCUGGCAACUCGACUUACCACACUAUUCUCUUUACAACAGACAAAGAUAUUGUGAACCGUGAGAGGCAUACUAUCAUUCGAAAUCAAGAUAUUGGUAACGAAAUAAAACUGACUAAUGAUUCUGGAGGAAGUUAUAGGGAUCGAACAAAAUUUGUAGAUCAAGCUCUCCGUCCAACUACUGGUGUAAUUGAAAGUCCAAAACGAAUUAUUAAACCAUUUUAUAGGUGAUGAUUUAUGACCUGGUUAUCAACAAACCUGGAGACAUUCUGAAGUCCCUUCUGUUAAUUUUAUUUGUUGGAAACUUACAAUCUGUAAAGAAAACUUUAUCCUCUUGUUAUUUUAUAUUCAUCAUUAAGGUGCUUUUUGCACUAAUGCAAAAUAUUUGUGAAAUAUCAACACAUUUUGUAGGAAGAUUUUAUCUUUCUGUGCAUCUAGUUAGGCAUGUGGCUUCAGUAUUUUGAAGAAGUAACCCAUUAAUAGUGACUCCAGAAAUUAUAAAAAUUCAGUGUAACAAUCCUUUUCACCUCACUUUGAAAUUAUCUUCAUCACUGAUUUCACAUCUGUCUUACCACAAAUAGAGUAGGUGUAUUGGUGUGUUAUAUGUUUGUAGGUGGUAAAAAUUAUACUGAAUUUGAAGUUUUCUUGGACUGUAUAUGCCUGGAGUGUAGGAAUGGAUGAUGUUUUGAUCUCUGCACUGAGGCCUUCAUUUAAUUUCUAAAUAAACUGAGACGUUGGUCAGAAGUAUAUAAACUAACAGCAGCAUUUUCAGUGAUACAUAAUAACUAAUUAAAAGUCAGUUACAAGCCAUAAUGAAACUAUUAGAAGAUGAUUAAAUAACAAAGGAGUUACUAUAACAAUGAGGACUUAGAAAACUUGGUAUUUUAAUUUACAAUCACUGCAUUUGUUCAUAUCAUGUUUCAACAAUAAACACAGUAUUUGUAAGUAAAAUACAUCAUCAGGUUUAUCACCCAUCACCAUUGCAUUACAGAAGGUGAUAUCAAUAGCUUAAACGGAACUAAGUGUCAAUGGACGAAACGUGUUAUUACUUAGAUUCUCAAUAACAGCAGUUCUUUUAAUAGAAAACUUAUUAAUAAUCUUUCAAUUUCUAAAGGUAUUUUUUUACUUAGUAAAAAUAGAGCAGAUCAGAGCUGAUGAAGGUGAAGUACAAUAACACUUAUGAUUCUGUGUUAGUGGUUUGGGUGUCUUUCAUGUAUGUAAUAAUGUUGAAAAUUUAUUUUUACAGCGUUACAACACACAGCAUCUCAAACCGUUUGAGGUCUGUAAUAAUGUUGAAAACUUAUUUUUACAGCAUUAGAAAACACAGCAUCUCAAACCAUUUGAGGUCUGUAAUAAUGUUGAAAACAAUAUUUCAUUAGACAAUAUCCCAAGAGUUGGCAAUGGCUAAUGUUAACUAGCUACCUUCCUUCUAGUCUGUCACUUCAAAGCUAGGGAUGGCUAGCACAGAUAGCCUUCGUGUAGCUUUGCACCAAAUCCAUCAAAGAGUAAUAGUGAUUAUUUUAUGUCAUUUAGAGACAGAAUAUCAUUCACUCAAGGGAAGUGCAGCUCAUAAAAAUGGAAGAUUUAAUACAAUCAACCCAUCUUCUCAAACAACUAGUAAGUGUUUGUUUAGAGCAACAAAUAUGAAAUAAAAAGAAGCUAAAGUUAUAAACAAAGUGAGAUAUUAACAUAACAUUAACUGUAAUGAAAUAAAAGGAAGCUAAAGUUAUAAAGAAAGCGAGAUAUUAACAUAACGUUAACUGUAAUGAAAUAAAGGGAAGCUAAACUUAUAAACAAAGUGAGAUAUUAACAUAACGUUAACUGUAAUGAAAUAAAGGGAAGCUAAAGUUAUAAACAAAGUGAGAUAUUAACAUAACAUUAACUGUAAUGAAAUAAAGGGAAGCUAAACUUAUAAACAAAGUGAGAUAUUAACAUAACGUUAACUGUAAUGAAAUAAAGGGAAGCUAAACUUAUAAACAAAGUGAGAUAUUAACAUAACGUUAACUGUAAUGAAAUAAAGGGAAGCUAAACUUAUAAACAAAGUGAGAUAUUAACAUAACGUUAACUGUAAUGAA